AUGGAGUGGAAAAUGCUUCCUGUUCAUUUACUGCUGCUGCUUUCUGUUUUCUUGAUUCAGCAAGUUUCUUCUCAAGAUUUAUCAAGCUGUGCAGGGAGAUGUGGGGAAGGGUAUUCUAGAGAUGCCAUCUGCAACUGUGAUUAUAACUGUCAACACUACAUGGAGUGCUGUCCCGACUUCAAGAAAGUCUGCACUAUGGAGAGUUCCUGCAAAGGCCGCUGCUUCGAGUCCUUUGUGAGAGGGAGAGAGUGUGACUGUGAUGCACAAUGUACGAAGUUUGGCAAGUGCUGUCCUGAUUAUAAGGACUUCUGUGAAGAAGUGCAUAAACCCACAUCACCACCGUCUCCCAAGACUACACCUCCGCCUCCAGAAGCUUCUCAAACCGUCAAAACAACCUCCAAACGUUCUCCCAAAUCACCAAACAAGAAGAAGACUAAGAAAGUUGUAGAAUCAGAGGAGAUAACAGAAGAACAUUCUGUUUCUGAAAAUCAAGAAUCUUCCUCCUCCUCUUCCUCUUCCUCUUCAACUAUUCGGAAAAUCAAGUCUUCCAAAAAUUCAGCUGCUAAUAGAGAAUUAAAGAAGAAACUCCAAGCAAAAGAUAAGAAAAAAGCACCUCAAAAAAAGCCUACCCCAAAACCACCAGCUGCAGAUGAACCUGGAAGUGGGCUAGACACCCCGAAGCCUGACAUUCCCACUACUCAAAGCAGUAAGGUUACCACAGCUCCCAAGACUACAACGGUAAAACCAACAGAUCCUAAACCUACUGUCCCACCUAACUCUGCUACGGCCAGUAAGGAGACAACAGUCGAAACUAAAGAGACUUCAACAAUAAGUAAACAGACUUCAACAAGCGCAAAAGAGAAGAAGACUACUUCAACUAAAGAGAUAAGAAGUGCAGAGAAGUCUACACCCACAGCUGAAGUUCCCACUGAAUCUACACCUAAGGCUGAAACUACAACGGAAUCCCCUGCUCCCACCACCACCAAGGAGCCUGCAACCACCCCCAAAGAGCCCGAACCCACCACCACCAAGAAACCCAAUCCCACCACCCCCAAAGAGCCCGAGCCCACCACCCCCAAGGAGGCCGAGCCCAACCCCAAGGAGCCCGAGCCCACCACCCCCAAGGAGGCCGAGCCCACCACCCCCAAGGAGCCGGAGCCCACCACCAAGGAGCCCGAGCCCACCACCCCCAAGGAGCCGGAGCCCACCACCCCCAAGGAGCCCGAGCCCACCACCCCCAAGGAGCCGGAGCCCACCACCACCAAGGAGCCCGAGCCCACCACCCCCAAGGAGCCAGAGCCCACCACCCCCAAGGAACCUGAACCCACCACCCCCAAGGAGGCCGAACCUAUCACCCCCAAGGAGCCGGAGCCCACCACCCCCAAGGAGCCCGAGCCCACCACCCCCAAGGAGGCCGAGCCCACCACCCCCAAGGAGGCUGAACCCACCACCCCCAAGGAGGCCGAGCCCACCACCCCCAAGGAACCCGAGCCCACCACCCCCAAGGAGCCCGAACCCACUACCCCCAAGGAGCCAGAGCCUACCACCCCCAAGGAGCCCGAGCCCACCACCCCAAAGCCCGAGCCCACCACCCCCAAGGAGCCGGAGCCCACCACCCCCAAGGAGGCCGAGCCCACCACCCCCAAGGAGCCUGAACCCACCACCCCCAAGGAGCCGGAGCCCACCACCCCCAAGGAACCUGAACCCACCACCCCCAAGGAGGCCAAACCUACCACCCCCAAGGAGCCGGAGCCCACCACCCCCAAGGAGCCAGAACCCACCACACCCAAGGAGGCCAAACCCACCACCCCCAAGGAACCGGAGCCCACCACCCCCAAGGAGCCGGAGCCCACCACCCCCAAGGAGGCCAAGCCCACCACCCCCAAGGAGGCCGAGCCCACCACCCCCAAGGAGGCCAAGCCCACCACCCCCAAGGAGCCGGAGCCCACCACCCCCAAGAAACCUGAACCCACGACCACCAAGGAGCCUGCUCCAAUCACCUCAGAGGCCUCUACCCCAACCACCCCUGUGGAGCCUCCCACUGCUGCCAAGAAUCCUGCUGAACCAACUCCUGAGCUUCCUGCAGAGCCCACACCAAAACCUACUGAAAAAAGUUCCAAGGAACCUGCUGCACCUACACCCAAGGCUCCCAAAGCCACCAAACCCCAAAUGACUACAACAGCCAAAGACAAGACAACAGAGAAGGAGAAACCUACUCCGCCUGGAAUGACAACAGCCGCACCUAAGAGUACAACAAAGGAGACAACAACUGCAGCUGAAGAGGCUACGGAAAAACCUGAGGAAACAACAGUUAUUCCAAAAACUACAGUCACUGAUCCUAAAGUGAAAACUCCUAAACCCCGAAGACCAACCAAAGCCCCCAGAAAGCCCGGUUCUACCAGAAAGCCGAGAGUGAGAAAACCAAAGACGACACCAACUCCUGCAAAGACCACAACAGCAGUGCCUGAAACAACCCUGACCACCACAACGGAAGCCACACUCCCGACUACCACUGGUCCCAGCACAACUCCCAUCUCAGAAAUAGUCGAAAUAAAUCCAAAGGACGAAGCUACAGAUGCUGCUGAAGGAGACAAACCCGACAUGAUUCCCGGCGCCCCAGUGUUAACUCCUAUGGGCCGUCCAGGUAGUAAUUUCUUAGUGGGAGGACACAAGCAAGACAUCGAAGUCAAACCCAUGCUUUCAGAUGAGACUGAUCUGUGCAAUGGCAAGCCAGUGGAUGCAGUGACCACAUUGCGCAACGGGACACUGGUUGCAUUUCGAGGUCAUUACUUCUGGAUGCUAAGACCAUUUACUCGACCUCCACCACCUAGAAGAAUUACUGAAGUUUGGGGUAUUCCCUCCCCAAUUGAUACAGUUUUUACUAGAUGCAACUGUGAAGGAAAAACUUACUUCUUUAAGGAUUCUCAGUACUGGCGUUUCACCAAUGAUGUAAAAGAUCCAGGGUAUCCCAAACAAAUUGUAAAAGGAUUUGGAGGACUAAAUGGAAAAAUAGUGGGAGCUCUCUCUGUAGCUAGAUACAACAACAGACCCGAAUCCGUGUACUUUUUCAAGAGAGGUGGUGGUGUUCAGCAGUAUACAUAUAAACAGGAACCUGCCAGAAAGUGCCCUGGAAGAAGGCCUGCUAUAAAUUAUUCAGUAUAUGGACCAACAACACAGGUUAGGAGACGUCGCUUCGAACGGGCUAUCGGACCUUCUCAAACACACACCAUCAGAAUUCACUAUUCACCCAUGAGAGUCUCUUAUCAAGACAAAGGUCUCCUGCAUAACGAAGUUAGAGUGAGCACAAUGUGGAGAGGACUUCCAAAUAUGGUUACUUCGGCUAUAGCACUGCCCAACCUCAGAAAACCUGAUGGCUACGACUACUAUGCCUUUUCCAAGGAUCAAUACUAUAACAUUGACGUGCCUAGCAGAACAGCAAGAGCGAUCACUACUCGUUCUGGGCAGACCUUAUCCAAGGCCUGGUACAACUGUCCUUAG